AUCGUCGCCGUUGAUGCGCCGCCGCCGCCGGCAAUGGCCACCGCCGCAGUGAAGUCGCCGGAGCCGCCGUUCGCGUUCCAUCACGCCCCCCUCCCGCCUCUGCUGGACUGUGGGGAGGAGGAUGACGAGUUCGAGUUUAGCAUCCCCGCCGCAGCGGCCGUGCUCUCGGCCGCUGAUGAGCUGUUCUCUGGGGGCAAGCUCGUGCCGCUUCUCCCGCCGCCCCUUCCGCGUGCAUCCCCGCCGUGCUCACCUCCGGCGUGCUUGGAGGUUCCCUCUGAGCCGGCGUCUCCUCGCGCCCCGCGGUGCUCUGGGCAUCGGUGGCGCGAUCUGCUGCUUCUGGUGUCGGCCAAGAAGACGAGCGCCGGCGACGGCGAGAGGAAGGGUCGUAUGGGGGAGGAUCUGAGGCGGGGGGAAGCGUUCGUCCAGCCGCUCCUCUCGCGGGCGUCGUCGUCGUCCUCGUCGGCCUCGUCGUGCGACUCUGGGAGGAACGCGCGACGGCCGCCUCAGCCGUCGUCGCGCUCCCCGCUGCGGACGCGCUCCGCGCCGGUGGCGAGCCUCCUCCACCUCAUGUCCAAGAGGCAGACCGGCGACAGCAAGAGAGGCGCCCCCGCCGCGGACGCGCCCCUGAGUCGCCGUGAGCCGCAGCACGCCGCCCACCCGUUCCUGACCCGCGUCUCCUCGUCGUCCUCGGCCUCCUCCUCCGACUCCAGCAGCCGGAACUCCCGCUCGCCGUGGCACCCGCCUGGCCCCGCGCGGCCGCCGCCGGCGGUGGCCGCCGAGAGCCCGCGCGUGAGCGCGUCCGGCCGCGUGCUGUUCCGCGGCCUCGAGCGGUGCUCGAGCUCGCCGGCGACGGCGGGCAUCGGCCCGCGGCGGCCGCGGCCGAGAGGCAUGGAGCGCUCCUUCUCGGCCAAUGUGCGGGUGGAUCCGGUGAUCAACGUGUUUGGCUUCGGCCACCUGUUCUUGCCAUCUUCGCCGGCCAAGGAUAAAAAGACCGACAAGGACAGGGACAUCGCCGGCGGCCGGAGGAACAGGCCGGCGAAGCUGGCAAUGGUGCUGAGAGAUCCGCAAGAUUAGGUGCUGGACAUGCUGGAAAUAAUGCAUGAUUCUUCCUGUCUUGAUUCUUUUUGUAACUUAUUGCUGCAUGAUCUAAUUCUUCUUGUCUUUCAGUUUGUUGUACACUUGCACUGUAAUAUACUCUAGUUUUAGAACAAGAAACUUGCAGAUUUCAGAGACACUUCAGUGAAUCUGAAUUCACUCUCAAACUGUAACUCUGAUAAACUAUUCCAUUCCAUGUAAAGAAAGAAAGGGGAAAACUUGAUGAACAGAAAG